GCAACGAGGACCGCUCAACGAGCGAGCGCCAGUCAGCAGGCAAGCAGUAGUCAGUCAGUCAGAUUUUAGCCGGCUGGUAGUGAACGCGCACCUCACUCGCGUAGAUAGGUGUUACAUGUGCGACUCAGACCAUUUACAUAACCAACUCUUAGUGCCGAUUGUACACUACGCAAGCCGCAUUAUACAUAUAAUUACGCAAGUGCAAUUAUGUCAUAUUGGUCGGUGCGUUAUGUAACAAUAUUUUCGUGAAUACUAGAAACACAAUCAAGGUUACAGGAUUAUUAAGUGAAUAUUUACUUUGAUUGUAUAUUGUUACUCUUGAAGCAGGGUUAUUUAAUAUUUUAAAAGCGGGUGGCAGUGUGUUGCGCAAGUGGUGCUAAAGAUCGAUAAAAUAGCCGGUGUUUAUUCCUUUUGCACGUGUAAAUGUUUUAUUACUGGACUAUUUAAAAAUAUGGAGUGCUAUAAUUUCAGAAACAUGCGCCACAUAAGCGACACGACAAACAAAAAUUUGAUUAUGCAAAAGUUCCCUGACUUGCUUCGUUCAUUAAAAGGCGUCAAAUGUUAUGACAUAGGGAAGCUUAAAUCCAAAGGACGAAUACAGAGAAUACCAAAUAAUAACGAGAGGCGAAAGAGAAUAGAAAGGUUAAAAAAACCCACCACCAUAAGGUUCAAGAAAUUUGACAGUGCGUUUUUUAUCGCAAUGGAAAAUAGACCGUUUCUGUUCAGUUGCCCAAUUUGCAGGAAUAUCUUAAGGGGACCAAUAACCGUGGACUGCGGACAUACAUUUUGUAGUUCUUGUUUGGAGUUGACUAACAGUAAUUUGUGUGUAGUAUGUUCCAUUGAAAUUGGCGACAAACGAUUCGUUAAUGUUUUAAUCCAGGAUUUAGUGGAAAAAUGGAGGGAGAAAAAUAAACAUAACACUGCAUUAUGUUCUAUGGUAUCAAAUUCCUAUGAUGUUGUAGGCGUUGAACCAAGAUAUCAUCUAAGAUCUGGAUAUGCAGGGUUACUAUUUAAAAGGGAAACGAAAGACAAUAUGAGAAAUUUUAUUUCGAAAACAAUUGGAAAAGAAAAACUGAAAAGGCACAAAUCAAAAACAAAAAAUAAAUUAGCAACGAGUAACAUAAAUAUAGAUCAAGAGACCUUAUACCAGUUUUUAAAUAAUCUUCUUACAAAAUUAUCGCAAUACAAAGAGCAAGCCUUAAGGGACAGCUGGAGAUGUCUAACGGUAUCUGAUCUGGAAUGCGUGCUAUGCAGUAGGUGUUUCCUGGACCCGGUGGCCACCGGUUGCGGACACACCUUCUGUCGAGGAUGCCUUACAAGGGUACUCGACUACGGCCUUUCGUGUCCUCUGUGCAAGUCGCAACUUACUGUUUCCGACUACGCGAGAGGUCCCACGUUCGCACUUCAUCGCGCAAUCAAUUUCCUAGCACCUAGAGAAUACAAUGAAAGGAUGCGAUGUCUACAAUCACCGGCCAAACUUUUUGCAAUGGCAGCCAAAGAAAAUAACGGACAGAAAUUUGCCUCAUUUGGAACCAUGUUGGAAAUUAAAGAUGCUGUAACAUUGGAAGAUGGAAGAUUUAUUCUUACCACUGUUGGUAUUAGGAGGUUUCGAGUUGUAAACAGCGACGAAAAGGAUGGAUAUGAUACUGCAAAAGUCCAAUACAUUAGAGACAAUGAUGUUCCUGCAGAUAAAUUACCAGAGUUAAUAAACUUACACCAAAAGGUAUAUAAUAAAGCUAUAAAAUGGAUAAGAUCGUUCAAGCCAAAAGUUUUAUCUGAAGUAGAAAGAUUAAUUGGACAAAUGCCAGAAGUGGAAAGUAAUUGGACAGCAUUGCCUGAUGGUCCAUCGUGGACAUGGUGGUUAAUGCCUUUACUACCUUUAAGUUCAAAAUUACAAUUGGGCUUCUUAAGUACGUCAAGUCUGGAAAAAAGAUUGCGAGCAAUAGAUAAAAUGUUGGAACACAUGAAAGUCCGAAUGAAGGCCUUAGAAGGAAGCCCGGACUCUUGUGCAGAUUCUGAUGAUUCGUCGUCAGAAUCUUGUCAAUAUGUUUUGCCAUUUCAUACCAAUUAGACUUGUAAAUUAUUGUAUAAACUAUUUAUUUAAAUUAUAAUGUAAUCUUAUAAAAAUGUGCCAUUUGGCAACAUAACAUGCUAUUAUCUACAAUGUAUUAAAUAAAUCAAAAAAUUAAUCAUUAUUACAGAAACUACUAAGCUUUAACUUAAAAAUUCUCUUUUUAUACUAUUUUAUAAUAUUGUCUAGUGAUCGUGUAAUAUAUUAUACAAUGAAAGUAGAUACAGUAUCUUUAUGUGCAUUUAUCAAAUUGUUAACAAACCAAAUUACAGAAAAAACAAAUUUUGGCAAUAAAGACAUUAAAUUUAAAUAUACUGUUAGUUUUUGGUCUACCCGUGAAGAUAUGGACAAUUUAAUGUGAA